AAAUCUGGUCACAAUAUGUUAAUGAUUUAUCAGAUCUUAAAGAACCUGGAUAUGAAACAAGAGCUAUAGACUGUUUAUCCACCAUGAUCCAUAAUUCUCUUGAACAUGUACCACAAUGUCUAACUUAUAUGAGCCAGAUUAAAAAUCAAAGUGUCUUCACCUUUUGUGCCAUCCCACAAGUAAUGGCUAUUGCAACUUUGGCUUUGUUAUUUAGAAAUUAUAAUGUUUAUAAAGGUGUUGUUAAAAUUCGUAAAGGUGAAGCUAUAAAGUUGAUUUUGAAAGCCACAAAUAUUUAUGAAGUAGCAAAUAUUUUUAUAGAAUUUACAAAGGUAAUUAUUCAAAAGAAUAAUUCAAAAGAUCCAAAUUUUAUGAAGAUUAGUGUUGCCUGUAGUCAGAUUAAACAAUGGUGUCAUACUAAUCUACCAGAUUUGGAUAAAUAUAAUUCUGGUACAUUAUCAUCCCAAUUGAAACCUAAAGAUUCACAAAAUGAUAAUGAUUUAUUGAUUUUUUUUACCAAAAAAGAAAAAAAUAGAAUUGCAAGAGAACAAAGUAAAAAAGGAGGAAAUGGUCAAGUCAAGAGAGGAAGUGGUGGUACUAGUGGCGGUGCUGGCAACUUAAAGGUUAAAGGUGAAAAUUUUUAUCGGGAUGCUAAAAAAGUAAAAUUUAUGAAUAUGAUUAAAUCGGGUAAGGCAAUACGAAAUGCAAAAGGGAAAAUCGUAAAAGAAGCUCCAUUUCAAAGUAAAAAGGCUGUAACCGGAAGAGUCCAACCAAAUAGAAGAUGGUUUGGUAAUACUAGAGUCAUUGGACAAAAAGAAUUGGAGGCUUUUCGUGAAAGUUUAGGAUCAAAAGUUGAUGACCCAUAUCAAAUUCUUCUUCGACAAAAUAAAUUACCAAUGAGUUUAUUAACAGACCCAACAAAGGUAUCAAGAAUGCAUAUGUUGGAGACUGAAAAAUUUUCAGAUGCUUUUGGUCCAAAGGCACAACGAAAGCGUCCAAAAAUAAAUGUAAAUUCUUUAAAAGAUUUAGCAUCAAACACAAAUGGAUCAAUAGAACAAUACACUGAAAAAAACGACUCAUCACUUCUUUCUAAUGUCAUAACUGAUUGGACAGAAGAAGCUCGUGACAGUGUAUUCUCAAAAGGAAAAUCAAAGCGUAUAUGGAAUGAGUUGUAUAAAGUUAUCGAUUCUUCUGAUGUUGUAAUUCAUGUAUUGGAUUCUCGUGAUCCAAUUGGAACCAGAUGUAAAAACGUAGAACAAUAUUUGAAAAAAGAAUCAAAUCAUAAACAUUUGAUAUUUUUAUUAAACAAAUGUGACCUUGUUCCUACAUGGGCAGGAUGGGUUAAACAAUUAUCAAAAGAAUAUCCAACUUUAGCAUUUCAUGCAAGUAUUAAUAAUCCUUUUGGCAAAGGCUCAUUAAUACAAUUGUUACGUCAAUUUGGAUCAUUGCAUUCUGACAAGAAACAAAUUAGUGUUGGAUUCAUUGGUUAUCCAAAUACUGGAAAGAGUUCAAUUAUCAAUACUUUAAGAAAUAAAAAAGUUUGCAAUGUUGCUCCAAUUCCUGGAGAAACCAAGGUUUGGCAAUAUAUCACCUUGAUGAAAAGAAUAUAUUUGAUUGAUUGCCCAGGAAUUGUCCCACCUUCACUUGAAGAUAGUGAAACUGAUAUUGUUCUAAAAGGAGUUGUAAGAUUUUCUAAUCUUAAAACACCCGAAGAUUAUAUUCCAAACAUUUUAGAACGUGUUCGUAAAGUAUAUUUACAACGUAUAUAUGAGAUAAAUGAAUGGGUCGAUCAUAUGGAUUUUCUUGAACAAAUUGCUAAAAAAUCAGGAAGAUUAUUAAAAAAAGGUGAACCGGAUAUUCAUACUGUAGCAAAAGUAGUUUUAAAUGAUUGGUUACGUG